GAAGAGUUUAGAGAGAGAGAGAAAGAGAGUUUUCUUCUGUGGGGCAUUUGUUUUUUUUUAAUUAAUUUUUUUUCCUUCGGUGCUGCGAACUAUAUGAAGCUCUGAGCUUUCGUCACCAAUGGCGUCGGACCAGGAAAUAGCGAAAGGGGUGGAGGCCCUUCUCCGUCUAUCCGAACCUAAUUCGCUCACCUCGUUAAAUGUCGUCGUUCAACAGCUAGAGGCCAAGCUAGGGUUAGACCUCUCGGAGAAGGCGGAUUUUAUUCGUGAUCAGAUCAAUCUCCUCCUCCGUGCUCACCCCUCCUCAGCCGCUACAUCCUCCGUCUCCGCUGUGGAACCGUCGCCUCCUCCGCCUCAAACCGCCGUCAAUGUGCCGGCGAAAUCCCACUUCGCCCUCCACCACCCUUCGCAAUACCCUCAUCCUCAGCACCAGCAAUUCCCUACCCAUUUCUCCCUUCAGCAGCCUCCCCACCACUCCUAUGACCUAAAUUUCCAGCAGCCGUAUCCGGUGCCUGUUCCGCAGAUUCCGCCAUCGCAGCAUCAGCCUCUGCGACAACCGCCGCCGCGGGAUACUUAUGGCGCGAAUUCUAUCAUCUCUUUUGAUCAGGUUCAGGCUCCGAAAGAAAGUGCUCCAGCAAGAACCAAGAGAAAGGGUGGGUCUGGUGGUCUGAACAAAGUCUGUGGGGUCUCUCCUGAGCUUCAGGCCGUAGUUGGGGAACCUUUUCUUCCAAGGACUGAGAUUGUGAAGCAAUUAUGGGCUUACAUAAGGAAGAACAACCUCCAAGACCCAAGUAACAAGCGGAAGAUCAUUUGUGACGACCCACUGCGUGUGGUUUUCGAGACGGAUUGCACUGACAUGUUCAAAAUGAAUAAGCUUCUCUCGAAACAUAUCCUCCCUCUUGACCCAACAAAGGAAUCUGGUCAAGCGAAACGGGUGAAAGUCGAUGCUGAGUCUACGACUGAAACCGUAGAGCCAGUUAGUUCUACUGUUGUACUGUCUGAACCCAUUGCUAAGUUCUUUGGGACAGGUGAGACAGAGAUGGUGGAAACAGAAGUUGUUCAGCGUGUUUGGGAUUACAUAAAACUCAAUCAUUUGGAGGAUCCCGUGAAUCCGAUGGCAAUACAGUGUGAUGAAAAGCUCAGGGAUCUUCUUGGAUGCGAAAGCAUUUCAGCGGUGGGGAUAAAUGAGAUGCUGAGGCGUCAUAUGUACAAGCGGUCAGUGAUAUCAGACGGGCCGUGACUUUAACUAGUAGCGGUGUGCGAGGAGAGGGAACCCUUCUUUGUGUAGGACAUGAUGUAGAACUCUGACAGGAAGAAACAUAUUAUAUAUAACUUGCUUUAUGUUUCUUCAUCAUCAUCAGCCUCCCAAGUUCUUGGGUUGGCUGGUUGUGUUGUGUAUCUAUUAUCCGCAUAUCUGUUGUUCUUUUAGCAUGAAAACUUGGCUCUCACGGGCUGGCAGGCAAAGGGCGAGAUGAUAUGUUUUGUAUUUACGCCAUUUGCCAUUUGAUGUGUAGGAAAACCCUUGUUCAGUUUGUGUGUUUUUUAUCUUGUUUGCUAUGCUGAUGUUCGGUUUCUUGUAA